AUGGAAUCAAGCAAGAUGACUGUGUUUCUUUAUCCUUCAUUUGUACUACUCCUUCCCUUCCUAGUCCUAGCCAUAGCCCUCAUCCUACCAAACACUAAUGCUGAUAACAUUGCCAUUUAUUGGGGUCAAAACAGUGGUGAGGGAAGCUUAAGAGAAACAUGUGAAACUGGGCACUACUCCUUUGUAAACAUAGCCUUUGUUAACAAAUUUGGAAAUGGUCAAUCACCUACACUCUUCCUUGCCCAUUGUGACCCUGUUAUGGGCAAUUGCUUUUCAAUUGCCAGAGACAUCAAAAGUUGCCAAAAACAAGGGAUAAAGGUGAUGCUAUCAAUAGGAGGUGCAAGUUUUAGUUACUCUCUUACUUCUAAUGAUGAUGCUAAAAAUGUUUCUUAUUAUUUAUGGCACAAUUUCUUGGGUGGAAACUCAUCUUCACGCCCACUUGGAGAUGCCAUAUUAGAUGGCAUAGAUUUUGCAAUAGGGGGGUCCCCUUCCACACAACAUUGGGAAGACCUUGCACAUCACCUUAAGUCACAUAGCACAAGAAGAAAAAAAGUCUACUUAAGUGCAGCACCUCAAUGCUUAUUUCCUGAUAGUACACUUGACAUAGCCCUUCAAACAGGACUUUUUGAUUAUAUUUGGGUACAAUUCUACAAUAAUCCCAUUUGCCAAUAUAGCAAAGGUAACAUUGAUAAUCUUUUAAAUGCAUGGCACCAAUGGACAACGUCAUUAAAAGUAGGGAAAAUAUUUUUGGGUUUGCCUGCAUCUCCGACAGCAACUGUAAGUGGCUAUGUUCCAAUUGAUUUGUUGACCUCUGAAAUCAUUGAUGUUAUAAGAAUGUCUUCCAAUUAUGGAGGGGUGAUGCUUUGGUCAAGGUAUGAUGAUAAAAAGUAUGGAUAUAGUAAAAUGAUUUCAGAAAAUCAUAUCUGCACACAACAAAGACAAAUAAAAUGCAAAAGGCACAAUAAUGGUUUUAUUGAAUCUCUAGGCUAUAUGGCCACAACUUGUUUCAUAGUUUCUGAGAGUGAAAGCAUUGGUAGGCUAUGUUGUGAGGUUAUAUGUAGGAACAACUGUUCCUGUAAUGCUUAUGCUCCGUUAAACUUUGUUAAUAAUACUGGAUGCCAAUUAUGGAGUAAAGGAGCAAGGUUUAUUAAAGGUUCCACCACACAUUUGCAGCGAGUUUACUUUGUCAAACAAAAAGGUAUGCCUAACUAG